AUGGCCAGCAUUCCUCGAAGGCACCUGCGUCUAGCUGUUGUCUUUGCCUGCAUAUGCCUGAGCUUCACCAUCCUACCGUCUAUACUACCUGGCCGCCCUCCACGCACCUGGACCGUCGAGUCAACCGUACAUCACAAGGACGCCACUACAGAACACCAGUCGCCUUAUGCGCUGGUCCCGUUUCCAGACUCACCGCUGCAACCCCAUCGCCCAGCAGCCGCCAGGAAGACGAGGCAACCGUGGCUUGCGGCCAUCAUUUGUGCGGCGCAGGACGUCGAGCGACGCAUGCUUAUGCGAGCAUCGUGGAUACGGCUGUUUCGACACGUCCCCGUGGAUGCGCGAUUUGUCGUGGCGAACCCCGGUCCCAGCUGGGGCGGGAUCAUACAGUUCGAAAACCAGACCUUUGGCGAUGUCAUUGUUCUGGACCACAUUCCCGAAGACGACAUAACCGCCAACACAAUCAAGACGCUCGAGUUCUACAAGCUUCUCCUGCAAAGCGGCCACAGGUACGAAUUCAUCACCAAGUUGGAUACCGAUCUGUGGAUCAACGCUCCUGCGUUCUGGCAUCGCUAUCUCGUUCCCAGGAUGACCAAUGAGACGGGCCAACUCGCCGCGUCCGUGAACCGGACCGUUAUCGGGCAGUUGUUUUUCUCGGACACGGGAUACAACACGUUUGCCCAUGGCUCCAUGUACACCAUUACGUGGGACAUGAUGCAGCUCCUCGUCUCGCUGCAGGAGAGGUUCAACAUCGUUACAGGGGAGGACGCAGCCGUGGGGAUCCUCAUGCACAAGGGGCAGGAGAUGGCCAACUUUGUGAACAUGCGCGGCGAGGAAAAGUUUGACUACGACGAUGGCGACUCCAGAGGGGAUGGAACUGCCUGGGCGCGGGCCGGCACGCACCCUGAUGCUAGGGCGCAUGCCCUGUACUCGGACGGCGUGAUUGCCGUUCACUUGCUUAAGCAGACGCGGCUGUGGCUCAAGGUUGCCCAGUGUUUCGACGAGGAGGGAAUCAAGCCUAUGCCGGAGCAGCAACAGACGGAGAAAACCCCCCCUUUGCACAUCAGCUUCAACGACUUUCUAUACGCAACGGGUCUGUCGAAUCCCUACAAAACAAUGUUCGAAACGAUUCCCCAAGAGUUCCUGGUACAUAGGAUGGGUCAAUGGAUAUGCGACGGCAUCUGGAACCUGGGAAAGUCUAGAACGGGCUUCCAAUGA